AUAUAAAUGCAAAACCUUGUACAAAGUGGUUCAGAUGAAGAAACAGAAUUUAUAUUCGAUUCUAACACAGUUCAACUCAACGAAAGCAAAAGCAAAAUUUCGAAAGCAAAUGUAAAUUGUGGAAUCUCAUUAUUAUUAUAGGAUGAGAUCAAGCAACUGAAUGAUUAAAAUAAAGAAUUGGCCACCCAACUCAAUAAAUAGAAUGAAUUGCUUGAUUUAAAACAUAAGUAGAAUUAAUAGUUGCAAAUCGAAGGUAUCCAUGAUGUUUAAAAUAUUUUAGUAUCAAAAUUAAAGGAUGCAGUUGACGAUAGAGAACUCAAAUUACUAUAAUCUAUGAAGGAAAAGCAAUCAUUAUAGAAUGAACUAAUCGGAUUGCACGAUUUAUUGGAUCACACUAAUUAAAAAAAUGAUCAACUUAAUUCUGAAGUGUUUGCUAUUAGAUUGACAAUGGAACAAUUAUAAUGUAAGCAUUGUAUGAUAACCAUUUAGAAACUGCUACCAUGUGCAAGGAGGACACUAAUUAAGCUUUACAAAGAGAGUUGAGAUUAAAAGAGAACGUUGAAGUCUAAACCAAAACAAUCAAAUAAUAAGAGGAAACAAUUAGAAAAAUCACUAAUGAACUCAAUCAAAAGUAAGCCCAAUUUAGGAUUGAUCUCCAAAAUAGAGAUAAUGUAAUUUAAGACUUAAAGAGAAAACAUGAUUUGUAAUUGUAAUAGAAUACCGAAAUAAUCUCUGAAUUAAUUGAAUUUAAGAAUUAAAACCUGUAGAACUCAGUCAUGAGUAAGGAUUACAAGCCAGAACUUACUAAAAUGACAAAAGAGAUCGAAGAAUAUAAGAAUUAAAUUAAAGGAUAAACUCAUUAGUUAAGCAUUCAAAAUGAAAAGGUGUUAGCCCUCUAAAAUUAGUUGGCAAAGUCUGAAUCAUCAAUUUCAGAUCUUUUCACAGAACUCCAAUAAACAAAAUUAAAAUUAAAGGAGAAAGACUAAGAAUUAUAAAUCAAACUAGGAGAAAGUCUGAUAACAAUCGAAAAAUUAAAUACUUAAAUUUCUCAAAUGGCUAAUCAAUUACAAUUGUUAAAAUAAUAGGACCAAAAGAUCAAUUUGGUUAGAAGUAUUUCAUAACCCUCUGAUGAAAAGUACUUAAAAGAUUUACAAUAAAAAAAUGAUCAAAUUGCUAUGUUACAAAAAGAGAAUAACCAAUUAGUUAAAUUAAUUGAAACCCUCUAGAGUUAGAAAAGUAUAUUCAUUUAUUAAUUUAUAGCUGACAUUUAAGGAAGUGAAGCUCUUAAGGUUAGACAAUUGGAAUCAGAACUGAAAAGUCUCUAAUCAUUCAUUUAUGACAGUCCUUUGGUGGUGUUAUUUAAUCUCCUUGAAGACAGAUUGUCGAAAUAAUAAUAAAAGAGUUUUGAGAAUAAGAAAAAGAUUCAGGAGUUUUGGAGCAAUCAAUUAAAACAGUGGGUAGAAGGUUUUGAGGAAUUGAAAAAAGCAUUUAAUGGUCUUAAGAUCCAAUUCAAAUAUGACCUCAAGUAUCCGAUGCCAGCUCAAUAGUAAAAUGAAUGA